AUGCUCGGAGAGAGAGAGAGAAACGCCUUUCCUUCCCCCAAGGACGCCCCCCGCCCGGAGGAGAGGAGAAAGUCCCCGGUGGUGGGCGCAGAUGACCCGGCAAUGGCCGGCAGCGCUAGCCGAUACACGGACGGACUCGGGUCAGACCGCUAUUAUAUCUCACCCCCAUCCAAGCAAACUGUAGACAUGGCGAGUCCAUGUUCGUUAUUCCCUUAUUCCCAGUCCAGUACCGUUUACACGGCAUCCGGCGGAUCCAGGUAUUCGACCUCGCUUCACUUCAGCUCGGUGUUGCCUCCCACGGGAUUCUCCUCGGCGGUGUGCGCCGGGCGCAGUCAGUUUCGGCUCGGCCUACCAGUUAGGACAGGGUGGAUGUCUCUACCCUCCAUACAGUACAGGGUCCGGGAUCGGCACAAUGCCCCUACCCUCAGGCACCGGGGUGAGGGCUCAGGUCUACCUCUGUAACCGGCCUCUUUGGCUCAGGUUCCACCGUCAUCAGACCGAGAUGAUCAUCACCAAACAGGGCAGGUGAGUGCGAUGUGGCCAGCGGCUAAAUCCUUCCGAAUGCUUCGGUUUGGCUGGUGCCGAGUGUGCUCGCAUACUCCAUUAAAAGACCUUCGCUUGAAAUACCAUAAAAAUGUGUCCGCAUACUUAAAAGGAUGCCAUCACCAGUUCGAUUGUAUUUAUAUUUGAUGUUGUGAAACUGUAUUCUCUGAAACGCACCCACACCAUCAUUUUUCUCUCUCUCAAAUUCUCACCUGCUCUGGCACAUGUAUAAAACACCCACACACGGCACGCACACACACACAUUUCAAUCUCUGUCUGUUUGUCAGGCGGAUGUUCCCGUUCCUGAGUUUCAACCUGACGGGUCUGAAUCUCUCUGCUCAUUACAACGUGUUUGUGGAGGUCGUGCUCGCUGACCCCAACCACUGGAGGUUCCAAGGCGGGAAAUGGAUCACCUGUGGAAAGGCAGACAAUAAUAUGCAUGGUAAUCCUAGCAAUUAUAGACAGUACAAGGAUUCUAAACCAUUUCUAAAUAGUUGUUAUUAUCACACUAUUAUCACAUUACCCACAGCGAUUAAUAACUCAUUUGAUUACGAAACAAUCUUUAUAACCAUUUUCUUUCUUUAGGAAACAAAAUGUAUAUCCAUCCUGAAUCUCCCAACACGGGAGCACACUGGAUGAGACAGGAGAUCUCCUUCGGCAAACUGAAGCUCACCAACAACAAAGGAGCCAGCAACAACAACGCACAGGUGAUGCAUUUUUAUGCCACGUGCAUGGGAAUCAUUUUAAGGAAAAUAAAACAUACCAUAAGCCUGGGAAUGUAUUGAUUUAUGUAAGAAUAUUUUCAUCCUCUGAAAGUAAAUGUCUUCCUACAGUGGUUAGUGUGUAACUUAUAGGCGCACCCACAUUUUAAAAAUGCAAAACAAAAUAAACACGUAUUUAAUUAAUUUCUCUCUCUCUUUCGAGUGGCGCAGUGGUCUAAGGCACUGCAUCGCAGUGCUAGCUGUGCCACUAGAUAUCCUGGUUCGAAUCCAGGCUCUGUUGUAGCCGGCUGCGACCGGGAGACCCAUGGGGCGGCGCACAAUUGGCCCAGCGUCGUCCAGGGUAGGGGAGGGAAUGGCCGGCAGGGAUGUAGCUCAGUUGGUAGAGCAUGGUGUUUGCAACGCCAGGGUUGUGGGUUAGAUUUCCAUGGGGGGCCAGUAUGAAAAAUAAUAAUAAUGUAUGCACUCACUAACUGUAAGUUGCUCUGGAUAAGAGCGUCUGCUAAAUGAUAAAAAUAUAAUUUAUUAUUACAUACAUAUCUUGAUUAUUCAGUGCGGGCCAAAUCGUGAAAACUUUCGCGUAAAAUUGCAUUGAUGUCAGUGGGAGUUUUAUGCGUCAGUAUGCAUGUGUAUAGGAUUUGGCCCACAAAUAAGUCUUCUCCGUUGACUUUCUGUUUUGUUUUUCUAUAGAUGAUAGUCCUUCAGUCUCUUCAUAAGUAUCAGCCGCAGCUGCACAUUGUUGAGGUGACAGAGGGGGUGGAGGACAUGAGCAGUGACCCAAAGACCCAGACCUUCACCUUCCCCGAGAACCAGUUUAUAGCCGUCACUGCUUAUCAGAACACUGAUGUAAGAAUGCAUCUCUCUCUCUCUCUCUCUCUCCUCUCUUCUCUCCUCUCCUCCCCCCUCACCGCUCUCUCCUCUCGUCCUCUCAUCUCCGUCUCUCUCUCUCUCUCUCUCUUCAUCUCUCUCUCUCUCCCUCGCGCGCUCCUGUCUCCCCUCGUCCUGCUCCGGGGCUCGUCUCGUCUGGCUCUCCCGGUCUCCACCCUCGGCUGGGGCGUGGUUCCGUCAUUCGUCCGAUCUGGUGUCUUCCAAGGGUGCGUGCUCGGCUCAUGGCCGCGGGGGGGGUCAUCUCAGGGGACUCUGAUCAAGGUGCGAAUCUCGGAAGUGUAGGGGCGUCAUCCGCUCCUCAUUCGUGGUGCUCUGCGAUCUCUGAGGGAUUCCGGGCGUCGUUCUAGGAGCCAGGCGGUCUCGUGAUCUUCUCUUUGCUCUCGUGCGAGUAGGGGGUUGCCUCCUCUUCCUACAGUAUGUAGGCUCUGGGCGUACGUCGGCUGGACUGGCCAUCGUCUCUCUCUCUUCGGCGUGGGCCGGUCGGGGCGUCGUCCCCUCUCUCAACUCUAGUCUCGUCACGUCUUCUGUGUGUCGGCUAGCCGGGCACAGGUCUUGCCUUCGGGUCUGUCGCUCGGUGCCCCGCCGUCCAGCUCGGAGUCUCUCAGCCUCAGCCCUCGGGCCGGGGGCUUUCGUUCGGCUUAAUGCAUAGUCGGGGUCUACUGCGCUGGGGGGUCGUCGGUCUGGGGCAUAGGAGGGUCUCGGGGGUGCGAGCCGUUGUCGCGUGUGCAUCUCUUCGCGGGCUAUUGCGGGUCUGAGUUCGUGCUCUGUGCGGCGACGAGUCUCUUCAAGCUCGGUUGGCGGGGGGGCUGAGGGUUAGGGUGAAUUGGUGUUAGGGAGAGGGGAGGGGUGCUUUCUUCGGGGGGUCGUCGGUUUUUCGUGGUCGAAUGUGUUCGGGGGUGUGAUUGUAAUGGAGUCGCUGACGAUUGAGGUGGGAAGGGGGGGUUUUCGUGGUCGGGGGUGCCUGGUUCUUAUGGUGGGGUGGAGUAAUAAAUGGGGGCUGGAUCUCCUUAUGCACGCGCUUCAUCUUCUCCCGGGGGUCGUUACUUCAUUCGCGGUUCUUCGGGCUCGGGGGGUCAGCGGUCGGGUUCGCGGAGUUCGGUCUCUGUCUCUGAGUCUGCGUCGCCUUUGCCACUUCAAUUUAAAGAAGGGGCUUUAUUGGCAUGGGAAACGAACGUGUGUUAACAACAUUGCCAAGAUGAGUAGAUAGUCUCUCCUCCUCAUUCUUCCCCUCCCUCUCCGUCCUUCGGGCCCUCGGUGGUCCAGGGCGUCUCGCUCACUGUCUCCUCGUAUGCUCUGCUCUCUCUCUUACCCAUGUUAUCCCUCAUUAUAAUACAUUGAGUUUUCUAAUUGCUUCUCUCUCUUUCCAUAGAUCACACAACUGAAAAUUGACCACAACCCUUUCGCAAAAGGAUUCAGGGAUAACUAUGAUUCGUGAGUAUCUUUAAUUUUUCUGCAAUAUUUAUAUUCACUUACAGUGACUGUAAUUUUAACAGCUGAUUUUCAUUACUACUUGGUCCCUGACACAUUUCCUUAUACACUGAGUGUACAAAACAUUAGGUAACACCUUCCUAAUAUUGCAUUGCAGCCCUAUUGCCCGUCAGAACAGCCUCAAUUCAUUGGGGCAUGGACUCUACAAGGUGUCGAAAGCGUUCCACAGGAAGGCUGGCCCAUGUAGACUCAAAUGCUUCCCACAGUUGUGUCAAGUUGGCUGGAUGUCCUUUUGGUGGUGGACCAUUCUUGAUACACAUGGGAAACUGUUGAGUGUGAAAAACCCAGCAGCGUUGCAGUUCUUGACACACUCAAAUCGGUGCACCUGGCAACUACUACCAUAUCGCAUUCAAAGCCACUUCAAUCUUUUGUCUUGCCCAUUCACCCUCUGAAUGGCUACACAUACACAAUCCUAUACACAAUCCAUGUCUCAAUUGUCGCAAGGCUUAAAAAUCCUUCUUUAACCUGUCUCCUCCCCAUCAUCUACACUGAUUGAAGUGGAUUUAACAAGUGACAUCAAUAAGGGAUCAUAGCUUUCACCUGGAUUCACCUGGUCAGUCUCGUCAUGGAAAAGAGCAGGUGUCCCUGAUGUUUUAUACGCUCAGUGUACAUUCUCCAUCUCACUUACUGCUGUGGUUUCUAGGAUGUACACAGCUCCAGAGGGUGACCGACUAACCCCCUCCCCCACCGACUCCCACCGCUCCCACCAGAUCGUCCCAGGUGCCCGCUACGCCAUGCAACCUUUCUUCCAGGACCAGGUCAUCAACAACCUGCCCCAGAACCGCUUCUACAACAGUGAGAGGACAGUACCCCAGACCAACAGCCUCCUUUCCCCCCAGCCAGAGGACAGCGCCUCCCAGAGGUGGUUUAUCUCCAUGCAGCAGGGAGGAGCUGGCCCCAACAAGCUGGAUCUCAGUUCCUAUGAAGGGGACUACUCCAGCAGCCUGCUCCCCUAUGGUAUCAAGUCCCUGCCUCUACAGACCUCCCACGCUCUCACCUACUACCCUGACUCUCCCUUCACCUCCAUGGCAGCAGGAUGGGGGUCUAGAGGAUCUUACCAGAGAAAGGUGACCACAGGCCUGCCCUGGUCCCCUAGACCCAGCCCCACUGGGUUCCCAGAGGACCAGCUGUCUGUGCCCUGACAAAGACAAGGCUCAGGAGGAAGAGAUCAGCAGUAUUGGUGGUAACAUAGCUUCAGCAUGGACUGAUACUCACUCCUCCACUCUGAGCCUGGAGAAGGCUGACUCUGGGAACAUGGUGUGUAAGAGGAGACGUACGUCUCUGAGUGGACCCGGCACAGAGAACUCCCCCACUAUAAAGUGUGAGGAUCUGACUGCCACUGACACCUACAGCAAAGACUCCUCCGUUUCUAAAAGCAUGGCUUACUAUUCCUUCUACACAAGCCCUUAA